AUGGCGCUGUCGACAGCUCAGAAGCGGGGCAUUGCCAAUGGAGUCAGCCGCGGUGCUCAGACGCCCGCGCGGUGCGUCCGGGUCCACGCCAUUGGCGAGCACAAGAGCCUGGCAAGCAGGGUGGCUCCGGCGCUGCUGGCCAGCGUGAUUGCUCUGUCGAGCGGCUUCACCACGAUCGACGCCGCCUUCGCCCCGCCGGCGCGGGCCGACGGCGAGGAGAACCUCUCCCCCCUCGAGCGGCGGAGGGCGCUCCUCAGGGCCGCGCGCGAGAAGGCGGAGGCUGCCUCCAGCGCCACCAAGGAGGCGGAGGCGGAGCCCAAGGCCGAGCCGGAGCCAGAGCCAGAGGCGCCCAAGACCGACUUUGCGGGUGCGGCCCCGGCCCACGGGGGCCGGUGCGCGGCGACGGCCUCGCCUCGCAGCUGA